UCCCUCUGCAGGGGCCCCAUAAAUGGUGGGCCCAGAAUCAAGGCAUAGGCCAGGGCCCAGCCCUGCCCCAUCUCCUCCCCCAAGGCCUGGUCUCCUCACAGGACGCCCCCUCCCCGCUCUUCCUGCCGGGUUUCCUCUUGCCUUUUCCUGUCCCCCACCCAGUGCUGGGAGCUGGGGCAGAGGAAAACACUUUUCAGAGGGAUUGGGAGUUAACGGAGGCCAACGCCAUCAGGGCCUCCGGGUGCUACAGGACCCGAAGUAGGGGUUUGGGGCCUUACCCUCUUCCCUUAGGGCCAUGCUAUCUGGUGAACGAAAGGAGGGCGGAAGCCCCCGCUUUGGGAAACUUCAUCUCCCAGUGGGCCUGUGGAUCAAUUCCCCAAGGAAGCAGCUAGCCAAACUGGGGCGGCGCUGGCCCAGCGCUGCCUCUGUCAAGUCCUCGUCCUCCGACACGGGGAGCCGCAGCAGCGAGCCCCUGCCGCCGCCGCCGCCGCACGUGGAGCUGCGGCGCGUGGGCGCGGUGAAGGCGGCGGGCGGCGCGUCGGGCAGCCGAGCCAAGCGCAUCUCGCAGCUGUUCCGGGGCUCGGGGGCCGGAGGUGCCGGGGGCCCCGGCACGCCCGGGGGUGCGCAGCGCUGGGCCAGCGAGAAGAAGCUGCCUGAGCUGGCGGCCGGUGUAGCCCCGGAGCCGCCGCUGCCCGCGCGCGCCGCCGUGCCUCCGGGCGUGCUCAAGAUCUUCGCGGCGGGGCUGGCGGCGGGCGCCAACUACAAGAGCGUGCUGGCCACCGAGCGAUCCACCGCGCGCGAGCUGGUGGCAGAGGCGCUGGAGCGCUACGGGCUGGCGGGCGGCCGCGGAGCCGGGGACGGCGGCUGCGUGGACGCCUACGCGCUGUGCGACGCGCUGGGCCGGCCGGCCGCGGGGGGCGGCGGCGGCGAGUGGCGCGCCGAGCACCUGCGCGUGCUGGCCGACGCCGAGCGCCCCCUGCUGGUGCAGGACCUGUGGCGCGCGCGGCCCGGCUGGGCGCGGCGCUUCGAGCUGCGUGGCCGCGAGGAGGCGCGCCGGCUGGAGCAAGAGGCCUUCGGGGCGGCGGACGCCGACGGCACAAACGCCCCAUCUUGGCGAACACAGAAGAAUCGGUCUCGGGCUGCAUCUGGUGGGGCGGCCCUGGCUAGUCCAGGUCCAGGGUCAGGAUCAGGGACCCCCACUGGGUCUGGGGGCAAGGAGCGAUCUGAAAAUUUGUCCCUGCGUCGCAGUGUGUCUGAGCUGAGUCUGCAGGGGCGGAGGCGCCGGCAGGAACGCAGGCAGCAGGCACUUAGCAUGGCUCCUGGGGCAGCUGACACCCAGAUGGCACCAACAGACCCCGGAGACUUCGAUCAGUUGACUCAGUGCCUCAUUCAGGCACCCAGCAACCGUCCCUAUUUCCUUCUGCUCCAGGGCUACCAGGAUGCUCAGGACUUCGUGGUGUACGUGAUGACCCGGGAGCAGCACGUGUUCGGCCGAGGUGGGCCUUCAUCGUCCCGCGGUGGGUCCCCAGCCCCAUAUGUGGACACCUUCCUCAACGCCCCAGACAUACUGCCGCGACACUGCACGGUGCGCGCGGGCCCGGAGCCCCCGGCCAUGGUGCGCCCGUCCCGGGGCGCCCCGGUGACGCACAAUGGCUGUCUUCUACUGCGCGAGGCGGAGCUGCACCCCGGAGACCUGCUGGGCCUGGGAGAGCAUUUCUUGUUUAUGUACAAGGACCCCCGCGCCGGGGGCUCUGGGCCUGCUCGGCCACCUUGGCUACCCGCGCGCCCCGGGGCCGCGCCACCAGGGCCGGGCUGGGCCUUUUCCUGUCGCCUGUGUGGCCGUGGCCUGCAGGAGCGCGGAGAGGCGCUGGCCGCCUACCUGGACGGCCGCGAGCCGGUGCUGAGGUUCAGACCACGAGAGGAAGAGGCACUGCUGGGCGAGAUCGUGCGUGCUGCGGCCUCGGGCGCAGGGGACCUGCCCCCGCUCGGGCCUGCCACUCUGCUGGCGCUCUGUGUGCAGCAUUCGGCGAGGGAGCUGGAGCUGGGCCAUCUACCGCGCCUGCUGGGCCGCCUGGCCCGGCUCAUCAAAGAGGCCGUUUGGGAAAAGAUUAAAGAAAUCGGAGACCGUCAGCCAGAGAACCACCCUGAGGGAGUUCCUGAGGAGCCUCUGACCCCCGAGGCUGUGUCUGUGGAGCUGCGACCACUCCUACUGUGGAUGGCCAACACCACAGAGCUGCUGAGCUUUGUUCAGGAGAAAGUUCUAGAGAUGGAGAAAGAGGCUGACCAGGAGGGCCUGUCCUCAGACCCUCAGCUCUGCAAUGACUUGGAAUUGUGUGAUGAGGCCUUAGCCCUCCUGGAUGAGGUCAUCAUGUGUACCUUCCAGCAGUCUGUCUAUUACCUCACCAAGACUCUUUAUUCAACACUGCCAGCUCUCCUGGACAGUAACCCUUUCACCGCUGGGGCAGAGCUUCCAGGUCCUGGUGCAGAGCUGGAGGCCAUGCCUCCUGGACUCAGGCCUACCCUGGGUGUGUUCCAGGCAGCUCUAGAACUGACCAGCCAGUGUGAGCUGCACCCUGACCUCGUGUCCCAGACUUUUGGCUACUUGUUCUUCUUCUCCAAUGCAUCCCUUCUCAACUCAUUGAUGGAACGAGGUCAAGGCCGACCUUUCUACCAAUGGUCUCGAGCCGUCCAAAUUAGAACCAACUUGGAUCUCGUUUUGGAUUGGUUGCAGGGGGCUGGGCUGGGUGACAUUGCCACCGAGUUCUUCCGGAAACUCUCCAUUGCUGUGAACCUGCUGUGUGUGCCCCGCACCUCCUUGCUCAAGGCUUCUUGGAGCAGCCUAAGGACUGACUACCCAACCCUGACCCCUGCUCAGCUCCACCAUCUCCUCAGCCACUACCAGUUGGGUCCUGGCCGUGGCCCACCUCCAGCCUGGGACCCACCACCUGCAGAGCGAGACGCUGUGGACACAGGGGAUAUCUUUGAAAGUUUUUCUUCGCACCCUCCUCUCAUCCUGCCUUUGGGCAGCUCGCGCCUGCGCCUCACGGGCCUAGUGACAGAUGACGCAUUGCAUCGAGAACUCCGCAGGCUCCGUCGCCUCCUCUGGGAUCUUGAGCAGCAGGAGCUGCCAGCCAAUCACCGCCACGGACCCCCGGUGGCCGCGACUCCUUGAAAACCAACGACAGAAGAACGCGCGAAGCUUGAGACUUCAUCGGUUCUUAUGGUCGCCUCCCUGGGCGCAGAUCAUUCUGGGAGUUGUAGUUUUUCCCGCGUAGACCGCUGGGAGGUUGAGUUGUCUGAUUGGUAGAGGAUGGAACUGUGUGGAGAAGGGCUUGGGAUAUGAAUGCUAAGAAGUAAUAAAAGUAUCUGUGGUAUUGAC